AUGAAUGGUGGUACUAACAGAGCUUCUGCUGUGAACGUCGUAGUAUGGUCAAUCAGCAGCGCGGAGACCCUGAUUACUAGCCCUUCCAGCGGAUGCGCCGUCAGCAUGUCCGGACGCAAGCGUCAGGAACCCCCCACGCCCUGCGUCAAGACGACAUGUAAUCCACCAACGGAGGACUGGCCUAUUGGAUACCAGACGUCAUACGGGGAGAGUCGGAGGAAGCUGGCCAAGACAAGCACACGACCCGCGCCAAUGGUUUGCAAGACGUUUGCGCUGAUUGGUUGA